GGGGCGGGGCCGCGCGGCUCCCCGCGGGUUUGGGCCGCCGCCAUUUUGUUGGCGCCCGGCGCUGCCGGCGGGACGGAAAGGGCCGGGAAUUGCCUGGCGGCUCCUCCCCCGCCGGACCCGAGAGGCGGGGACUGAGCGAGGCCCUGCCGGGACGGGACGGGGCUGCGGGGCCCAGCGCGGCGCAGCGAUGUCGGCGUUCUCGGAGGCGGCGCUGGAGCGGAAGCUGUCGGAGCUGAGCAACUCGCAGCAGAGUGUGCAGACCCUGAGCCUGUGGCUCAUCCACCACCGCAAGCACUCGGCGCUCAUCGUCAGCGUGUGGGAGCGGGAGCUGCGCAAAGCAAAACCAAAUAGGAAGCUGACAUUCCUGUACUUGGCCAAUGAUGUCAUACAGAACAGCAAAAGAAAAGGACCAGAAUUUACAAAAGACUUUGCUCCAGUAAUAGUGGAGGCUUUUAAGCAUGUUUCAAGUGAGUCUGAUGAGAGUUGUAAGAAACACCUUGGCCGAGUGCUGUCUAUCUGGGAAGAAAGGUCUGUUUAUGAAAAUGAUGUAUUAGAACAACUUAGGCAAGCUUUAUACGGAGACAGAAAGGGGAGGAAGCGCACGUAUGAACAGAUAAAAGUUGAUGAAAAUAACUGUUCACCUAGAAGUUCUCCCACUGACCCUCCUCAGACCACAGAUCUCAUUAGAGCAUUACAAGAACUAGAAAAUGCUGCCUCUGGGGAUGCAGCAGUUCAUCAGAGAAUAGCCUCGCUGCCUAUAGAGGUCCAAGAUGUGUCCCUGUUAGACAGAAUAACAGAUAAGGAAUCUGGAGAGCAACUUUCCAAAAUGGUAGAUGAUGCAUGUAUGUUGCUGGCGGAUUACAAUGGCAGGUUGGCAGCUGAAAUAGAUGAUAGAAAACAGCUGACUCGAAUGUUAUCAGACUUUCUCCGAUGUCAAAAAGAAUUCCUUGCAGAGAAAGAACAUAAGCUGGAAGAGUACAAACGCAAGUUAGCCAGAGUGUCCCAAGUACGGAAAGAACUCAGGUCAAGGAUCCAGAACCUGCCUGAUCUCUCACGACUUCCCAACGUCACAGGCAGCCAUGUACACCUACCAUUUGCAGGAGACAUCUACAGCGAUGAUUGAUUACAAGAACAUCCUUCCAUAACCUCUGCUUUUCUGUGAAAUGAGGAGUAGGCCAGACUGAUCGGUACUCUUGUAGUAUUAUUUUUGUAUAUUGUUGGAGAGUGUCAGUAAAAAUACUUUAAUAAUUUAUAAAAAAUGGUUUAAAAAGUUGAUUUGUUUACUAUUUUAUUGGCAAGUGAACAUAAGGGUACAUUUAUAAAAGUGGCAUGUGUGUCUGUUACACUGAGGAAUUAAUGAUUAUCUUAUCUUUUGUAAAGAUUUUGGUUGGAUGCCCUGUAAAAAAACUUGCUAAGAUUUUUCUUAUGUACCCUAUAUUUAAUGUAGAUCAACAUAUAACGAAGACAUAAUUCUAACUUGAGACAUUUCCGUUGCUAGUGAGGAAGCGAAAUGUGGAAAUCACAGGCUUGUGUUUGCAAAAAGGUCAAUGCAAUUUAAUGCAAAGUUAAAAGUGAUCUUACUGUCUAUUACAUUUAAAUUAUCCACUCCCAAAAAAAGUAAGUUUUUUGAGGUAAAUGUUAAUAACCAAUUUUCUGUUGGAAAACAUAAGUCAUGUUACACUGAGCAGAUCUUUAAAUGACUCAAAAUACUGCAAUAUUUUUGUUUCAUUUAAAAGUCAUUGUGUAGAAACUAUACAAUUGACCAGUUUAAUUAUGUUUCGAAAUUGUAACUUUUUACAGCUGCUUAGUUUCUAAAUUGAGGGACCAUUCAUUUGUACUCUAAUCUCUUUCUAGAACAUCUGUCUCCAUCUAAAAAGGUUAAUCCCAGAAAUGUGAAGCUAUUUUAAAGCUUUAAUUAAAUUGAAAGGUCAUUCUCUAAACUGUCUCAAUUGCUAAAUGCUCAUUAUUAAUGUUUGGCAACGCUACGUACCAUCCAUACAUGAAGCAAGAUGAUGCUACAGCUGUUCUGUACAUUCUCUUCCACUGAGAAGCCCUAGAGGCCAGCAUGGGCUACCAGCUCCCCACCUUGACCCACCCCAGCAAAGAUUUCUAAAUCUCGAUCGUCUUUUUCUCACACAAUAGGAGGAGACAGUUCAGACCUGUGUAUGAGUCAAACAGUGGAAAAUUAUUGCCAAGUUAACAAUUUCCUCUGCAUGGCACAAAUAUGGUGUUUGUCUACAAACAGCUGAAUUUGUGAAGAAUCCUUGUUAGUGUGCUAUGCAUCAGCUACAUAUCUCAAUGGCAUCAAAGUACACUGUGCGCCGGUGUCGUCUAGAGCCUUAUAUCUUUGUGGGUCUGAUGUGCCAGGCCAUUGGAUCCAUACAGUCCAAUAGACCCGAUUGUCCCUCUCCUCCACCUGGCUAAAGGCAGGGCCCCUCUAGUUCUGGUUGUGGUACUCGUUGCUCUCUUACCAUAAAUAUGACCUGGAGGUCCCUUCGAGAGGAUCGCAUAUAAUAUCAUCACUUCUUUACCGUUUGGAGUCUUGCCCAUGAGAGACUGGAGCAACAUUUAUCCUCGAAGAGCUUCUUCUGGUAGUCGUUCCUCUUUUUCAAUUCACGUAUCCAGGCUGCUAAGGAAGAGGUGGGUUUUCCAUCCCACCUCCUCAUAUCUCCUCCAUGCUCAUGAAGGUAAAACCAUAGAUUAUCUCGGGGAGUGUACCCUCUCUCCUUAGCUGGGGGAUGCUGGCUCCUGGUAGCAGAGGCUCUCCUUUGUCCUGAUGAGGUAUGGAAGAUUCCUUCCUUAAAUUCCUCUCUUAGCUUCUGGUGGCCCUCUUCAAUCUUCUUUUCUAGGCUUCGGACAUGUUCAGCCAGUUUUGUUUCCACAGAGGAGAUGUGGGCUUGUAGUGGGGUGGUGACAGUGUCUUCAUAAAUCCUGAGUUUACUAACCAAUGCGCCCACUUUGUCUUCUCCCUCCCUCCAUUGUAACAUUGCUUAGUAAUGGGAAUAUAUUUCUGGCCCGAGCUGUGCAAACUUUAACCACAUCUGGGAUGUGCACUGUGCGCCGUCUGGACUUUUAGGGAAUCUUUCAUCCUCUGAAAAGAUUAUCUCCAGCAUCAGAUUAUCUUGAGCAUCAUUAUCUUGAGCAUCAGAUACCUUGUUCCAUCGUCCUUGCUGCACAUGGAAGUCCUCCGUACAAAGAUAUCUCUCCCUUACACUUGACAACAGUCACUGCCAGAGGCUUUUUCCUGCCUCUUUACAAUCCCCUGAUCAAUGACCAUAUCUCAAGACAGAGAUCUCAGUUACCUUGCUUCACUCCCAUCUAGAAUUGUAUCAUUAGCUGUGGCAUCCCAGAUUCAGAGCAGCCAUAUCAAAAUGGACUCGUUUGCCUGUCACAUGAACUCUCUCUGCAGCUCAUGCAGAUCACCCAGGUUAGGGACCAAGUGGAUGAUUUCUGGCUCUGUUUCUUCUGCUGAGCAUGAAGGUCCCGCCUCUUCCCCGUCACUCACUAAGCAAACUGAUUUAGUCUUGGAUGCUCUUUUCUGGACAGGGGCGACUGCUGUUGGUUCAGUUUGUCCUUCUGGCUCCACAAUGUGGAUGUCCAUGCGUGGACAUCAUGCUGGUUAAUUUGCUUUGUUUUACCUCUGGCUCAGCCGUGGUUUGUGUGGACGCAGUACCUGUUGAUUUGUUUCCUUCCUCCUCCUCCUUAAGGUACUGUACCAUACCAAGCAGUGACCGGUAGGCAGUGGCCAGGGCCCAACAUGUUGCCGUAAGCUGCCCAUCUCUGAAGCUGUCAGAGCACCUUCCUCUCAUGUAUCUUAUUGCUCUAACAGGGUCCUGCAGUUGUUCAGGGGUGAAUUUCCAGACCAUUGGCGGAGAGAAGCUCUACAAAUACUGGUCCAUGUCCUGCCACUUUUGAUGCCACUUAGCAUUAUCCACUCCCAGAGAGGCCUCCAGGCAACUUCCCUAGAAGCUGCCCUGGGCAGCUGCUGCAAAUGACCCUUCCAUCAGAAAUCUCAUACAGGGUGUAGGAUACACAGUUUUGGUUAUACCCACAUAGUGAUAAACUGGUCCUGGCCCCUAUAACUAGGACAAUGUUUGAAUUCCAUCCAUGGAAAACUUAAUUUGUACCCAGAGGUACAAAAUAAGUACAGUGACAUGGCUUGUUGGGCUGCAUUGAAGGAUCUGUCUUGGAUACUCAAAAUCAUAGGGAAUUUUUAAACAAUCUUUUGCUGCCUUAAUUGAAAAUAAUUAUAAUAAUGAAGUUGUAUGCUGAAUUUUCUUGAUCUCUCGAGGGUUUUAAAAAAGACAUGACACUUCACUAGAUUUGUUUUUCCUCUUCAUAACUCUUAGUGGUAACGUUGUUUAUCUGCAGAUAAUGUAGAACUGAUAAAAGAAUGAGGAAAAAAUGUCAACUACUUCUUGAUGUAUAUAAGUUUUAAUUUUGAGAGAGUGUUAUUUUCUGGAUAUAUUUUUCUUCAUUUUACUGUGAAAUUGUUUGCUUCAAGGAGUUUUUCACAGCUGGGGUUUUGGAAAUGAUCCCUCAAUAUUUCUUUGGAAAAGAGGACUUGUGGAAGGCAAAGGUCACUCUUACAGCAAGUGUUAUAUAUUAGUGGCUGAAUGGUACUUUUUUUUUUAAUUUAUAUGAAAAAGGCAUCAGGUAUCAAGUAGUUAGAAGAUUUAUCUUGUGACUGUAAUAGUAUAGCAGAAGAUAACAUGGUACGAUACAAAUGCAGUCCUGUAGUGUCAAAAAAUACCUCCAAAUUCUCAGGUUCCAGAGUUUAAUGUACGUACUUCUGACAUCUCAGGAAGAAAAGAGGCUGGGUGGGGAACGGUGGAGUGCCUAGGAGCUGGAAGGGAGAACAUGCCUGGGUGGAAAUGUAAAGCAAACUGAAUGUGAACUUUCAUCCAAACAGAAGUAACUGUGAAACUGGUUGCGUUACCACCCUGGGAAAGAAAAUGUGUGGGUAUACCCUGCCUGCCUCUUCUAACGUGGUCUGACUCUAUGCAGACCAGAAUGCCCACCCUACAAAAGGCACAAUUAUAAAAUAUCUGAACAUUUUUCAUCUAAUAAUAAAAGCAUAAUAAUUAGAUUAUUUGCUUCACUGUAUUGCACUUUUAUUGAGCAUUCUCUGAAAAAAAGCAAAGAGAUUCCUGCAGCACUUUGCCAUAUGAGAAUGCUUAUCUUGGAGGUCACUGGGACUGCUUGUGUAUUCUAGUGUUUGCAGGCUCAAGCUGUGUUUUUUGCAGAAUGUUUUGAAAGAUAUCAGGAAUAUUACCCCAAUUCUGUGGUUUGAAAAAUAAAUGUGAAGUCAUUAGUUACAAAAAUUACUAUUCUUAGAAAUUAUGUUUCAUUACUCCUUUUGGAAAUUAAACUACAGCCUGCAGUAACAUUAGCUUGUCUGAUUCACUCUGUUAAUGUUUGUAUUAAUAUAUUAAAACACCUCUGUUAAUCCCUAGCAACACAACCCAAUCUACAUGCUUAUUAUGUAUUUUAUCUGAGUAGUCUUCUGAGUGUCAAACUGAGAGCUUUCAUUAUGACAAAAUUACAUUCCUGUUUACCUGAAGUUUAAAAAGACAGUGUGUUAAGACUUCCACGGACUAAUGCUGCUCUCACAAGUCAGUGGCAACUCAGUCUGGUACUUCGAUGAUGACCCAAAAUAGAUACAUAGGAUGCAGUAGCCAGCUGUGGAGACAACUAUGGAAGACAUGGAAAUCAUACACAGGCUUGAUUGGCCCUCUACAGAAGUGCUGGAUGUCAGCCUCUUGAAACGUAAGCAAAUAGAUCUGUGGGUGUGGAUUUUUUUCAGUGGGAAGAUCAAUGAAAACCAGCACAUCUAAAAUUUGAUGGUUACUUCUAUAAAUAUUUAGGGCCGGUUCUCUUCAUUACUCAUGCAUAUAAUCACAGUGACUAUUCCUGCAAGUAAAGAAGGCAGACUCAAAUGUGGUGUCUGAAGUGGAAUUCUUUUUUAAUGAAUGACCAAUUUUGUCUUGGCUCCUAUUUCAGUGUGUCAUUUAUCUUGAUUAAGUAGUAAAUCUCUUCCAUUGUGUUAUUUACUAAUCUAAUUCAGAAUUCAUAUUUACAAUAUUUAAAUUAUCCUACUGAGCAUGAUGUUUUUGUGGGAAUUUGCAGAAGUUCAAUAGCUCUCGUUAUUUGUUUGCAACAAAAAUAGAUUCAUUUGUUAAAAGCUAACAAGAAAAGUUUGAAAUGUAAAGAUGUUUCAUUAUUGUGCUUUUCUGACAGAACCUGUAAUCCUUGUGUAAUUUAUGUCCUCAGAAUAACACACCUGUAUGUACGCUCUUUCAUAUUUAAUAAAACAUUGUUGUAAAAACA